CAGAAAUUUUAGAUAAUUUUGUUCUUUUGUGUGAUGCGCAGAUCGUAUUGUUUAUGAUAAAUUUUUUAUUUGCAAAUCAUCAACAUUUUUAAUUCUUAAAUUAAGAAAUAAAUUAACUUAGUUGUUACACAGUUAACAACAAAAUUUAUAAUAAUAUCCUGCCAAUACAAUUCAAAUUUUUACCUAACGCUUCUGAUUGGCUGCAUCACUGACAGAUGAAAAGCACGAUGGCAGAUGAUCAGUUGACACUUCUUUGUUGACAAUCUGUCAAAACAUGUAAACUUUUUGUAGUUUUAUUUUUAAAAAAAUAACGUCAGCUAUGAAGUCGAGAGUUACCGCCUUAAUUUUGUUGUUGUUAAUAUGUGUAGAAUUUUCAUUAUCAUACAAAACAUGGAGCAUCGAGGAUCCGAAUUUGUGUUCGCAAAUUGGAACAAGAAAAAAAAUUAAACUUUAUAAAGGCGAAAGGUCGGCUUUAAGGGUGAAUCAGAAGCGUUUGAAUAAUCACCGAUAUGACUGGACUGUAAAUUUUGAAUGCAAAUUUCAACUGCAAACUGCCUAUGGUAAAGGUGGUGUGAUAGCAAUAAUACAAAAUUUAAAUUUGCGUAGACGAGAAGACGGGACUUGUCUUGAUUACAUUGAAUUCAGCUCUGGAAAUGACAAAGUUGGAGGUGACAAAAAAUGUGGGUAUAUAAAUGCAGUGCAUGUUAUGCAAGAAGAAAGGGAAAAUCCAAUUGCCUAUGAAAAUUCCUUUAUUGCACCAGAAGGACACUUGAAUGUUAACAUUUUCAUAGAAAAGUCUGCACCUGAUGGAGACAUUGGCAUGGACAUAGAUGUUAUUUUCACUGCAUACAAAAGUGAAUGUGAUGAUGACAUGGAUUCAUGCGUUGAUAAUCGGUUUUGCAUACACAAAAUGUUCUUCCAUGACAAAGUAGUUAAUUGUCCUCUGUUUGGAUGUGUAGAUGAAGGUGGCUGUGAAAAUUUAUUUGAACAUGAUCAUCCGCCAGGGCCACCACCACCACCACCCCCACAAUCCAUAGGCACUAAAGUGUUGAUUGGAUCUGUUUCAUCCCUAUUUAUAUUCUUUGUGUUAUUCAUUUUGUGUAUAUGGGCAUGUAAAAAGCACAAAGUUUUUUGUUGGGCUGAUGAAUUUGCAAAUCCCUCAACUACCACACCUCAUGACUCAAGCAGAAAUUCUAGAGUUAUGGAAAUGAACCAACAAACGGGCGCUCGUUUGGCAGGUGAAGCGCAGAAUAAUGUUAGAGCACCAACAGCUCCUCCAGAUGAAGAUAAAGAUUUGCCUCCUUCCUAUGACAGUCUGUUUCCCGAGUCCACGACGACAAACAGGUAGUAGGACUGGCCUUGGCAAGUUUGUCAGCGUCAAUUUAAAUUAGAAUUAUAAGAAAAAAAUAACUACUCAAAUCACAAUAGGAAUUAUUGGUAUUAAAACAUACUAUCCAAUAAGAAAUAUUUUUGUAAUUUUGUGAUUAACUGAACUGAUAAUUGGGAUAUUUGACAAGUAGUUAAACAAGUGCAAUUUUCAGUCAUUUUGAAACUUCGUUUAAGGAAACACAAUUUUUGAUAAAAACACAUGAUAGUGCCAAACUAGUAAGAACUACAUAUAUGAUUUGUUUACACAUUGUGGUAUUCUAUCAAACUAUGUUAAUUAAUUACAUUUAUCUAAUAACACUUAAACCUAUGUAUAUAGUAACAUAUAUAACAAGAUAUUAUGCACAUGCUAAAAAUACUCUCUUUUAAGAUAAAAAGAUGAAAGGCAAAAUUCGCACUAUGUAAAUAUAAACUGUGGGCAAAAAUAAGUAAUAUUUAUUAUUAUGUAUAUUAGUAUUAAUUUUAUCUGCCUAUACAGAUAAUACACUAAAAAACUGGUUUCCCGAAUAUGCAAAUUAGAAUUUUUCUUGUAAAAUUUUUUCAAACAAUUAGUUUUCCUUCACAAUCUUGCAGUUGUCUAUUUUGCCAUCAGUUUAUUUCAAUUUACUAGUACAUACUUCUUUAAAUGUUGUCAAGUUUUUGUGUGUGAGACUGAACAUUUAAAAAAUAAAGUAACUUAAUUUUUGCUACUUACACCUUUAGAUUUUAUAAGAAUAAUAGUAACUUACAAAACCUAGUUUUACAUAAUAUUCAUGACAAUCUCCAAGUAGUUUACUUUUUGUUUGAAUUUUUAUUACAUUUCAAAACCAUUUAUAUUCCUUUGUUACUUAAAAUGGGUAUAAUGUAUUUAUUACAUAUAAUACCAUUUUUAAAUAAUUUAUUAACUCUGAAAAGUAUUUGUUAAGUAUUUUUAUAAAGUUUGUUUGAGUUCUUUAUAUGUUUCAGAAACACUUUUGUUUUAACAUUUACAAUUUUACUGAAGUAAUCUUGGAUAUAAUAUAUACGAGGGUGGUCCGAUAAGUACUUAGCCUACAAAAGAAAAUCAAAAAUUUUGGAAAAACUAAAGUCCGAUCCGGCUGAAAUUUCGACAGUAGCCAUCUGCGAGAAUGUACUACACGAUAGUAAAUUACUCUUGCGAUACUGGCGUCAUCAGGCGGUGAGGCUAAGUACUUAUCGGACCACUCUCGUAUAUUAUAUAGUUUUUUAAAUUGAAAAUAGUAUUCAAUAAGUGUUUUUUAUAAAAUUUCUUCUUUUUACACCUCAAGAUCCUUUCCAUUUCACCUCCUACAUUCCUUCUGAAGUGAUGAUGGGUAUAAUAUAUAUAUAAUUACAUAGUAUAUAUAUUUAUAAAUUGUGAAAAGUAUUCAUUAAGUAUUUUUAUAAAAUUUGUAUUCUAUUACCAACAUAAUUAUUGUAAAUAUAUGCUAUUUUUGUACAUAAAAUAAAGUAAAAUAACAGUA